UGUUUAUCAUUCUCAUAUCAUAUGUUUGGAGAUUCAAUGGGAACAUUAAAGGUGUAUCUUUCGGAAUUUGGAGCCGAGAAGGUGGUAUUGUGGUCUCGUUCUGGUGACCACGGCAACGAUUGGAUAAGGGAGCAAUUGGACUAUUAUCCUAAAACAUUGUAUCAGAUAAUAUUUGAAGCCGUAGCGGGGGGUUAUAGAAGUGAUGUAGCUAUUGAUGAUGUCAAAAUACGACCUGGACCAUGUUUUAGUUAUGACAGUGUGGCAGUUCAACAAGGAGGAAUUUACAGUAGAUAUCCAAGCAGAGGCUUUUCUGGACGGUGA